AAAAGAAAAAGAACACAACAUUCACAGAUCGAACGAGAAGCAACCGCGUUUAACUGCAUCAUCUUGUUUUUUUAAACGCUCUCAGUAAAAGUGAUUUGCAGAAAAAGCAAAACCGACAAUUUGCUAAAACGGACGACAAAUGAUGGAACUGCUUCAGAAACAAAUAAACCAAAUCAAAAUCCCUUGCGCUAAUGACAAUGUGUAUAAAGAGGAGUGUGUCUACAGCUUCGAUAGUCCGGAAUCCGCCUCUGGGCUUUAUGUGAGUUUAGCCAGCUUUCUUGGAUUUGGAGAACCAUUUGCCGAAGGGUAUGCAGUGAAGACUGGAAAUAAAGUUUUCCUACAUUUGAAGCGGGACAAGAUUGCCGUAGUGGACUCUCCCGAGGAAGGCCCGGAGAAGAAGAUUACACGUCUAGCUAUUGGUGUGGAAGGUGGAUUUAAUCCGUCCGAGCAGAAGAAGUAUGAAUACAAAGAACAUUAUAAGAUAAUUAUUCUGCCGGAACGUGUUACCUUCAACUAUCCGAAUCAAGAUCUUCCGCUAAUUGUACAGAACUCUGUGGAAGCGGUGCUCAAUGCAGAAGCCGUCUCGGCGAAACGGGAACGUGAACAAUUAUCCGGAACCUGGGACGGUGAAAUCAGACAGAUUUCUCAGCAUGCGGAGAAUUUACUCCAAUUGGAUAACGGAAGGAAGAUUCCUCCCACUGGAUGGAAGUGUGCACGCUGUGAUCUGAACAAUAACUUGUGGCUCAAUCUGACGGAUGGGUCGAUACUGUGCGGUAGAAAGUUUUACGAUGGUUCCGGAGGUAACGAACAUGCAUUGAAUCACUAUCGCGAGACGAGUUAUCCGCUAGCUGUGAAACUGGGAACGAUUACUGCGGAUGGGAAGGGUGAUGUCUACAGCUAUCAGGAGGACGAUAUGGUCGAAGAUCCCUAUUUGAUAAAACACCUGGCUCACUGGGGUAUCAACGUGGGUCAGUUGGAAAAGACUGAAAAAUCCAUGAUUGAAUUGGAACUUGAUCUCAAUCAAAAGAUUGGUGAAUGGGGAAUUCUCUGCGAGAGUGCUAGUAAUUUGAAACCGAUUGCUGGUCCAGGAUUGACCGGAAUGCGUAAUCUGGGAAACUCGUGCUAUCUUAACAGUGUGAUGCAGGUAAUUUUCACGGUUCCGGACUUCAUCCGACGAUUCGUCGAUGGAGCUCCAGAUUUUUUUGAGGCUUACCCCGUUGACCCGGCUAAUGAUUUCAACAUUCAAAUGGCAAAGCUUGGAACAGGAUUAUGUAGCGGAAGAUACAGUGUUCUAACAGAAAAUAGUAUGGAUACAACAGAUUCUGGUGCUGGUAUAGCACCCACUAUGUUCAAGGCACUAAUCGGCAAAGGUCAUCCUGAUUUCUCCACCAAACAUCAGCAAGAUGCUCAGGAAUUUUUUCUGCACUUGGUAAAUACAUUGCAGAAACACAGCCGACAUCAAGUAGAUCCAGCCGAAGCACUUAAGUUCUGCAUUGAGGAUCGCGUGGAAUGUUGCUCUAGUGGAAAAGUGAUGUAUAAUCGACGCGAUGACUGGUGCCUUCCGUUGCAGAUUCCAUUGAAUCAGGCUACCAAUAUCGCAGAUGUAAAAAAGUACGAAGAUGAUUUAGCACUGGCGGAAAAAGAAGGCCGUCGACUUGAUCCGGAUGCCUUGGUACGUCCAAAAAUACCUCUCAGCGCUUGUCUAGAUGCAUUUGCUCAACCGGAAAUAGUGGAACAGUUUUACAGCACGGCCAUCAAUGCCAAAACAACUGCUAAAAAGACUACCAAAUUGGCUACCAUGCCAGAUUUCUUAAUGCUUCAUUUGAAGAAGUUUACCCUCAAGGAAGACUGGACUUCUGUCAAAUUAGACGUCGCGAUCGACAUUCCGGAAGAACUAGACCUAGAAACUCUUAGAGGAACGGGCAAGCAACCGAAUGAAGAAGAACUUCCAGAACUAGUUGGUAAGGCUCCUACUCCUCCCCCGAUGGAUCCGGCCGUCAUGGAGCAAUUGAUGGCCAUGGGGUUCCCUCCAGAAGCAUGCAAACGGGCAAUUUUUUUUACCAAAAAUACUGGUGCUGAGUCAGCUACCCAAUGGAUCAUGGAACACAUUGCCGAUGCUGAUUUUGCCUCUCCAUUCGUUCCGCCUGGCACCGAUGUCGGUAAAGACAAAGCUUCCGGAACGGUUCCGGCCUUCGUUCCAGAUCCGAUGGGACUGGAAAUGUUGAUGGGAAUGGGAUUCACUAAACUGCAGGCUAGCAAAGCUCUGAAGGAAACUCAAAACAAUACUGAAAGAGCGGUUGACUGGAUUUUUUCUCAUACAGACGAGUUGGACAGCUUAGCGCUUGGCGGUGUUCUGGAAGAGUCAACUGCGCAUGCUACUACCUCAAGUGGGCCGCAAUCUAGAGAUGGAACUGGCAAAUAUAAACUGGUGGCAUUUAUUUCACACAUGGGUACCUCGUCACAGGUCGGUCAUUACGUGUGUCACAUCCUCAAGCACGGCCAGUGGGUAAUUUUCAACGACAACAAAGUGGCGAUUUCACAGAAUCCCCCCAAGGAACUUGGAUAUUUAUAUCUGUACCAACGGAUUUAAAACCUAUCAGUAGUAAGCAACUUUCUUUCAACAAUUCGAUAAAUUGCUUCGCCGAGUGAGGCGUUGUACGGUAGAAUUUGCUAUAUGUUUCAUUCGUUCUUUACUCUUAAACCUAAUUUCUAACGCUAACUUAUUGUCAACAAUAAUAAUUAAAAUCUCA